ACACCUCCUUUUUCUUCUGAGGGUCUUGCUGUCUUGUGACUCAUUCCCUAUCCUCCUUCCCCGUUCAGUGGUUCUCGCAACUUUCCCUCCACUGGUAGCAUCUCCCUCCCCUUGAAGGGGCAAAGAGAGGGAAUAGGAGGGGGGAGGGUAGGAGUGAGAUCUGAGACAAGGGGGGAAGGUUACCACUAAGCAUGGUAGUCCAGAACUCACCGCAUUCCAUAGGAGUCUUUUUGCUGCUGGCUUUUCUCCUUCGAGUGGCACAAUGUGGUGUAACCUAUGACAGGAAGGCCAUCAUCAUCAAUGGGCAGAGGAGGAUCCUCAUCUCUGGUUCCAUUCACUACCCUAGGAGUACGCCUGAGAUGUGGGAAGAACUCGUUCAGAAAGCGAAGGAUGGAGGCUUGGAUGUUAUACAGACCUAUGUCUUCUGGAAUGGACACGAGCCUUCACCGGGCGCUUACAAUUUUGAGGGCAGGUAUGAUUUGCUGAGGUUUGUCAAGACAGUCCAGAGAGCGGGGCUGUAUGUGCACCUUCGAAUCGGGCCUUAUGUCUGUGCAGAGUGGAACUUUGGUGGAUUUCCAGUCUGGUUAAAGUAUGUUCCAGGAAUCAGCUUCAGAACAGAUAAUGAGCCCUUCAAGAUGGCUAUGCAAGGUUUUACACAAAAAAUUGUUGAGAUGAUGAAGAGUGAAUCACUUUUUGCCUCCCAGGGUGGUCCAAUCAUACUUUCACAGAUUGAGAAUGAGUAUGGGCCUGAAAGUAGGGCAUUUGGGUCUGCUGGCCAGUCAUAUGUGAAUUGGGCUGCUGAAAUGGCUCUUGGGUUAAAUACAGGUGUACCAUGGGUCAUGUGCAAGGAGGAUGAUGCCCCAGAUCCAAUGAUAAAUACAUGUAAUGGCUUCUACUGUGAUACUUUUACUCCAAAUAGGCCUUAUAAGCCUCUAAUGUGGACUGAAGCUUGGAGUGGAUGGUUUACAGAGUUUGGGGGAGCUAUCCAUCAUCGACCAGUUGAAGAUCUGGCAUUCUCUGUGGCACGCUUUAUACAAAAGGGUGGCUCAUUCAUCAACUAUUACAUGUAUCAUGGAGGAACUAACUUUGGGCGCACAGCUGGAGGGCCCUUUGUCACAACCAGCUAUGAUUAUGAUGCUCCAAUUGAUGAAUAUGGACUGAUCAGAGAACCUAAAUAUGGACAUCUUAAGGAGCUCCACAGAGUCAUUAAAAUGUGUGAACAAGCUCUUGUUUCAGUUGACCCAGCUGUUACUUUUUUGGGAAGUCUUCAGCAGGCUCAUGUGUUUAGCUCCCAACCCGGAGUUUGUGUAGCUUUCCUUGCAAACUACAAUCCAAAGUCUUUUGCCAGGGUAAUGUUCAAUAACAAGCACUAUAACCUACCACCUUGGUCAAUCAGCAUUUUGCCUGACUGCAGAAAUGUGGUGUUCAACACUGCUAUGGUUGGUGUUCAAACAUCUCAAAUGGAAAUGUAUCCAACUAAGUCUCAAUCAUUCAUGUGGGAGCGGUACAAUGAGGAAGUUGCUUCUUUGGAAGAAACUUCAUUGAUCACCGCAACUGGGUUGUUAGAGCAGAUAAAUAUUACCAGAGAUACAUCUGAUUAUUUAUGGUACAUUACUAGUGUUAAUAUCAAUCCAACUGAAGGAUUUUUAAGAAGUGGUGAGCUUCCUGUACUUACCGUCCAAUCAGCUGGUCAUGCGUUACAUAUUUUUAUUAAUGGACAACUCUCAGGUUCUGCUUAUGGGGCCAGGGAAGAUAGGAGGAUCAAAUUUUCUGGCAGUGUCAAUCUUCGUGGUGGAAAUAACAAAGUUGCAUUGCUAAGUGUAGCUGUUGGAUUACCAAAUUCGGGCAUCCAUUAUGAGUUGUGGAGCACAGGAGUCCUUGGUCCAGUGGUGUUACACGGGCUUAAUGAAGGAAGUAGAGAUUUGACAUGGAAUGAAUGGUCAUACCAGGUUGGACUAAAAGGAGAAGCUAUGAACCUAAACUCUUUGCAGGGUGAUGCGUCGGUUGAAUGGAUGCCAGGUUCAUUAGUAGUUCAAAACCAGCUGCCCUUGUCAUGGUAUAGGGCAUAUUUUGAUGCACCUGAUGGGAAUGAACCAUUGGCUUUGGAUAUGGGUAGUAUGGGGAAGGGACAAGCCUGGAUAAAUGGGCAAAGUAUUGGAAGAUACUGGACUGCUUUAGCACCAAAUGGAUAUUGCAAUUCAUGCAGUUAUGCAGGUUCAUAUCGAGCACCAAAAUGUCAGAGUGGUUGUGGCCAACCAACUCAACGAUGGUAUCAUGUGCCACGUUCCUGGUUACAGGCAACAAGAAAUCUACUUGUAGUGUUCGAAGAACUUGGAGGCGAUACAACAAAGAUCUCAUUAGUGAAGAGAUCUGUUUCUACUGUUUGUGCUGAUGUUUCUGAAUUGCAUCCCACACUGAAGAAUUGGAAAAUUGAGAGCUAUGGUCAACCUGAAGAGCACCAUGAACCAAAGGUCCAUCUACAAUGUGCCCCAGGACAAUCUAUAUCAGAAAUCAUAUUUGCCAGCUUUGGGACACCCCUCGGAACAUGUCAAAAUUUUCAACAGGGACCAUGUCAUUCACCAAAUUCCUAUGCCAUCCUUGCAAAGAGCUGCAUUGGACAGGAGAAAUGCGUGGUCGACAUCUCCAUCACCAACUUCGGUGGGGAUCCCUGCCCAAAUAUCACCAAAAGAGUUGCAGUGGAAGCUAGAUGCUCUACUGUUGCUCCCUCAAUACCUUGAGCAUCAUAAAUUACCAAUGCAGGAAUUCUUGUUUUGCUUCCCCAGAAUUCCAAGAAAAAAAAAAUCAACCCAAGUGUAAAGUGUUUGGUUUUAUUGUGUGCUAGUUUGAUGUAGAAGAUUAGGAUUGAGCAAUUCCUCUAAUUCUUCUCCCAGGACUCUUACGGUCACUGGUCCUCCCGCAUGCAAUCCCAAAUUAGAGCAUGCCAGAAUGGAGAGCGAGAGGAAAGCAAAUCUAUUAGUUGUUUGCUUUCAAUGAUCACUUAUUCAUGUUCUUAUUGUAUCGAAGUUGCCAUUUAUACAUUUAUUUUCUUUUGUGAUUGUAUUUGUAUGAUUUCA